GACUGUCCUGUGCCUUGUGCUCUCGCCUGCGCCAUCGCCCUCCCCCAAGCCCUCUAGCUGAGGGAGCAUGAGCCAUUUGCAGAACUUACUGUUAGAUACCCUCCUGGGAACAAAGCAUGUGGACAGUGCAGCCCUCAUCAAACUCCAAGAACGAAGCUUGUGUGUAGCAUCACCAGGAUUUAGUAUAAUGCCUGGUGAUGUCCGAACACUUGUGAAUGGAUUCGCCAAGAACCCUUUGCAAACCAGAAGAGAAGGAUUGUAUUUCAAGGAAAAGGACUACAAAUGUAUCCGGGCAGAUGACUAUUCUCUUUAUGCUAAGAAUGAAAACACUGGUGUGGUUGUUGUGAAGACCCAUCUGUAUCUUCUGGUGGCAACUUACACUGAAGGCAUGUAUCCUAGUGUUUGUGUGGAAGCCACAGAGAAGCUGGGAGAAUAUCUAAGAGGAAAAGGAAAUUAAGUCAUCAGAGGACUAUGAAAGACAGCUUUUAUUAUUUUAGGAAAUAGAUCCUAAAGAAAAAGUCAUGCCUUAUUUUGUGGUUGAAACACUAGGAAGAUGCUACUAAAAAGGAAGAAUGAGUUAAGGGAGCAAUUUUUCUUAUUUCAGGAGAUCCUCUUCUUUAAUUGGAAUUCUUUGAUGAGCUUUGCUUGGUUUUUUUAAAUGUUGGUCAUUGACAUGCGUGUGACCAACCUGAUCACUGCCCAGGGCAUAUCUGCUCAGAGACUCUUCCAUGAGUGUCUUGCACUCCCAUGCAUCUUGCUGGGUAUGCCAAGAAUUCAAGGCUCUAACAACUCUUCAUCCAGACCAUUUCCCAGGGUGAUUUUGCAGAAAGCAACCUUGAACAACGUAGUAAUGCCUCCCUUCAGAACAAAGAGCAAACUCUCUUACUGCUUGCUAUAAAAGAGGUAAGUUCCCUGAACUCAGAGCUGUAAUGCAGCUCACUACAUGUGUGACAUCCAUCUGGUCCACAUCACCUCUGUAGGACUUGGGGAGAAGGGCAACACAAAGGCCACACUUGGGGCCACUAGUCAAGGUAUUUAAUGGACAUUCCACACUCCCCACCAUCUGCAGACAUCUGAUUUGUUGAACAUUGGGAAGACCUUUCAAAAGUCAACUCAAAAGAAUUUUUUAAGAAUCAACUCAAAAAGAUUUUUUACUUUAUCUCCUUGACUUCCUCCUAGUCCACACAACUUAGUAUGGUUAAUGAAUGCAACCUUCUCCAGAAAAGGUCAUCUCCUCUUGGUCACCUCCUGGGUGAUGAUCAGGACAAUAAGGGUGGGGAGCUAUAGAACCUAUUUUGAAAAUUCAGGAUUCCACCCUGAUCAUUUCUGGGCAUGAUACAUCUUUCUUUCCCUUAGUGGCAACUCCAGGCCAACCUGGUUGGUACACUCUCAGGUGUCCCUGAGAAGGGAACACU